AUGCUCAUAUUCCUCGUCCGAUCGCUGGCAAUAUUUGCCUUCCUUCGCGCCGCUUCAUGUCAUGCAAUGCCACCCGAACACUUCGUUCAGCAGACAAAGAUCGCACAGCAAAAGCCGAACCAUACCAAUACCGUUUACUUUGUCAAUUGGGGGAUAUAUGGAAGGAACUUCCAGCCUCAAGAUCUUGAUGCGACCCAAAUUUCCCACGUACUCUAUGCCUUUUUAAACGUAAAGUCUGACGGCACAGUAGAUCGAAGGUACACUGGAGACAGCUAUGCAGACCUUGAAAAGCACUAUGAAGGAGAUAGGUGGGAUGAAGAGGGAAGUAACGCAUAUGGAUGCGUCAAACAGUUAUUUCUGCUAAAGAAAUCCCACCGUCAUCUCAAGGUCUUGCUAUCCAUCGGUGGAUGGACCUGGUCUACCAACUUCCCAUCAGCCGCCAGCACCCCUGAGAACCGCGCCAGAUUUGCCAAGUCGUCUGUCACCUUGAUGAAAGAUUGGGGUUUCGACGGAAUUGAUGUCGAUUGGGAGUACCCCGAAGACGACACCGAGGCAAAUAAUUUUGAUCUCCUUCUUCUAGCGGUUCGAGAUGAGCUAGAUGUGUAUGCCAACCAACAUGCACGCGGUCACCAUUUUCUGCUCUCGAUCGCUGCCCCCGCCGGCCGCGAUAAGUACGAAAAGUUACACCUUACAAAUAUCGGCGUAAUUGUAGAUCAAGUGAAUCUUAUGGCAUACGAUUACUCUGGUAGCUGGGACAGAAUCAGCGGCCAUAGCGCCAAUCUGUUUCCUUACAAGCGCAGUGCCAACGACUUUAAUACCGACGAAGCUAUAAAUGCCUACCUUAACGCUGACGUCCCCGCAGAAAAGGUUGUUCUCGGCAUGCCCAUCUAUGGACGCUCGUUUGAAGGUAACUCGGGCCUCGGCGAGUCCUAUAGUGAUGUCGGUCAAGGCUCUUGGGAGAGAGGUGUCUGGGACUACAAAGCACUACCCAAGCCCGGAGCACACAUACUAUUUGACAAAGACGCCCAAGCUUACUAUAGCUAUGACUAUAGCACACAUGAGUUGAUCUCGUAUGACACUCCAGAUGUGGUCCGAAAGAAGGUCGAUUAUAUCUUGGACCGCGGUCUUGGUGGGAGUAUGUUCUGGGAGGCUUCUGCUGACAAAGAGGGCAACGAUUCUCUUAUUAGAAUAAGCCGUAAAUCCCUGGGGAAUCUGGAUUUGACCGAGAACUGGCUUGAUUUCCCGAAAUCUCGGUAUAUAAAUGUCGCUUCAGGAAUGGUGGAAGACUAUGAGGUGCAGGUUUAA